AUGAACAAUCAUUUACUACUUGUUCAACGACAAAUUGGUAAUAAACAAGGUACAGGUGGUUCAGCUGGUUAUAGUUAUUUACGAUCGACUUGCAGUGAUCGUUAUAAGGUUUUUAUUGAUUUAUUUAAUCUUGCAUCAUUUCUUGUUCCUCGUGAAUUUUUACCUAAAUUAACUCCUGAAAUGAAAAUGCGUUUAGCUAUAGCUAAUGUUGAACCUUCAAAACAAGAUCAAGAUGUUCAUCGAACAUCAGAAAAAAAUAAUGGCAAAAAUAAAAAUGACAAUAGUUUCAUGUCGGAUAAUGAUUUUCAUCCAGUAACGGAUUAA